UUCAAUGUUCAAUCGUUCGCGUCUUAAUUUUAGUAAUUAAAAAUGGAGUCCUUUGCAGUUUUAUUGGAACCUUAUAAGGAUUUGAUAAGUAGUUCAGCUGCAAUUGCAACAUAUUUACAUCAACUAAGUGCCUUUGCCAUUUGCAAUAGCAUUCGCAAACAAAAGUCAACCGUUGGAUUCUCAAUCAUACCAUUUUUAGUGGGCACUGUAAUAUCUAUAAUAUUUUUACGCUUCGGACUAAUAUUAAAUGAUACAACAACACUUCAUGUAAAUCUGAUUGGAACCGCCCUUAAUUUGGGCUACGUUUGCUAUUACUUUUACUAUACGAAUAAUGUUAAAGAUAAAACACUGGCAUGGAUUCAAAUCGGUUACGCGUCCGCAUUUGUGGCUGCAGUAUUCUUAUAUACCUACAUUGAAAAUCCAAAAGACCUUCCAUUUCGUUAUGGAUUAAUUUUAACGGGUGUAUUAUUCUACUUUGUGGGCUCUCCAAUGCUUCAUUUGGGUGAAAUAAUUCGCAACAAGAGUACUGCUGGUAUGCCGUUCCCAAUCAUAUUGUCGGGAACAUUGAUUUCGUUUUUGUGGUUCUUGUAUGGUGUAGUGACGCGUGAAUAUUUUGUUAUCUUUCAAAAUGCAGUCUUCCUUUUGAUGAAUGCUGUGCAAUUAUCUUUGUUUGCCGUAUAUGGUUUCCCUAAACCAACACACAAAUCAAAAAAGAGCGAUAGCUAUCGCCCAGCAAAGACUUGUAGUAACAACAAUGAUAAAAAGAAAAAUUAGUUGAACUUUAUUUUCGUUUAUUAUUCUUUGCAAUAUUAUGCUUUAUUCACAAUUAUUAUAACAAAAAACUGAAUGUUAUCGAAUGUGAUAUGCAAUGUUGGCAAUUUGUUAAUGACUUCAAGACAUUUUAUCAACGCAUUUGUUAUCUUCGCUCUUACAUAUUUCAAUUACACAUUGAUUUGAUUACAAUUGUUUGUUCAAGCAAAAUGGAUAAAUGCAGUUAUUUUUGAAAAAAUUCUGAAAAACACGUGUUCUUAUAUGAUAA